UAAUAAUAAUAAUAAUAAUAAUAAUAAUAAUAAUAAUAAUAAUAAUAAUAAUAAUAAUAAUAAUAAUAAUAAUAAUAAUAAUAAUUAUAUCAAUUUGGUAGUAUAAUUCCCCUAUUAAUUUUUAUUUUGCAAUAUUUCACAAUACGCUGAUCGGAAGAAUUAUCAAUGCUUGAAAUCCAUUUUAAAAACUAAGUUAGCCUAAAUGAAGAUGAUUUGAAGUCAAACCAGCCCUUGAAACCCUUUUAUUUUGGAAUAGAUUGCUAUUCAAAGGGAAUUAUACUACCAUGUUUAGAUUGGGGUUUUUAAGAAUUCGGGAUAUUAUUUAAGAAAGCAAAUGCGUUUUUACAAAUUGUUUUAAGAACACUUUUCUUCACUCCAAAAAUUUUCAGCAACUUUUAGUAUUAAAUUAUUAAAAUUUCGACUUCACCAGAACGUCGAGCUGACCUGUCCCAACUAAACUCGUCUCCGCUCGCUGACACUCAUUCUAACAACAGCAUGCAGAAAAAAAUAUUAUGACUUCCCGUAAGUGAAUACAUUUGUGUGUAUGUAUACACCAUCAGAAAGGAAACGAGAGCACCAGUAAUUUGGGAACAAGUUUAUUAAUUUUUAAUAAUUUCUUGGAGCUUUAUAAAAGAAAAGUUUACAAAAUUCUGGGAAUUAUACUACCCUGUUGCAAAAUCUCAUACACCAAGCGGGCCAUUCAAGCCGAAACGGCAAGGGGCCCAAAGCUGUGUGUAGCGCUAGCUUGGUUCAUACAAAGCUAAACAGACCUCGCCAGGUCGUUUGCAGGGUUGUGCAUCGUAAAGCUGUUGUUUGUGGCAUGUUUUUAGGUUUAAUUAAGAAUGUUCAAGAAUUUACACUAAUCUGCGAGAUGUGGCAGAACUAAAGCCACAUACUCGACACCUGCUAACACAAUGUAACCGUUUAAUUCGAAUAUUUGAUGAAAUAGUACCCAUAUUUUAUGGUUUAUAUAUCAGGUUUAAUUUUAUUUCUUGGUGUUAGGUAUCUCUAAUAUCAAACAAAAUUAUUGUGUAAGUUACUGUCUGAUUUACCAAUUUAUUUGGCCGCACCGUGCAUUUUGUUUCCAUGAAUCUAUUGAGAUGCUUAUUGUAUGAUUUUUUGGAUGGCCGCACAGGUGCAUUUUGUUUCUUGAAUCUAUUGAGAUGCAUCAAGACUGUAUUUAUCGAUCUUGCUCAAAAUGGACCAUAAAUUUUCAAUUUGAUGCAUGUCUGUAGAAUUCAGGUCUUAUAUUGUACUCGAUUGUAUGAUUUUAUUUGGAUGGCCGCACCGUGCAUUUUGUUUCCAUGAAUCUAUUGAGACACAUAUUGUAUGAUUUUAUUGGAUGGCCGCACAGGUGCAUUUUGUUUCUUGAAUCUAUUGAGAUGCAUCAAGACUGUAUUUAUCGAUCUUGCUCAAUAUGGACCAUAAAUUUUCAAUUUGAUGCAUGUCUGUAGAAUUCAAGUCUUAUAUUGUACUAGAAUGUAUGAUUUUAUUUGGAUGGCCGCACCGUGCAUUUUGUUUCCAUGAAUCUAUUGAGAUGCUUAUUGUAUGAUUUUAUUGGAUGGCCGCACAGGUGCAUUUUGUUUCUUGAAUCUAUUAAGAUGCAUCAAGACUGUAUUUAUCGAUCUUGCUCAAAAUGGACCAUAAAUUUUCAAUUUGAUGCAUGUCUGUAGAAUUCAGGUCUUAUAUUGUACUAGAAUGUAUGAUUUUAUUUGGACGGCCGCACCGUGCAUUUUGUUUCCAUGAAUCUAUUGAGACACAUAUUGUAUGAUUUUAUUUGGACGGCCGCACCGUGCAUUUUGUUUCUCUUAGUCCAACGAGAUAUAUUAAGACUCCAUUACUUGAUAAAAAAUUUUUAUAAUAAUAAUACCCGUAAUCUGAGCACGAGAAAAAAAGUUGUGCUACGCACAUAUGAGGUAGCACAUGCGAUAUAUUUUUAUCGACUUUGUUGCAAGAAUUUAUAGGACGGAAAAAUUCGUGGAUUUUUCCACGAAAUACCGAUGCAGGAAAUUGUACGACAGGCAAAAAUUUGAGUGCCGGCGGACGAGCUAGCUAACGGCUAGUCUCAAUUAAUUGCGCACAUUUAAUGGACUGUGUUGUGUAUGGAUAAUUUUUUUUCACUGUCUACUUCGCGGGGCACUUUUACUCUACUAUCCAAGUCGGCUCUUAUAACACGACCUGUGUGUUUUGUACUAAUAAGACAAAAACUUCAGCAAAAUUUUUGUUAAAAAUGUAAUUGACACGCUUUUGUUAUGGUAAUAGGAGUUUGUUUGCCUCGUUUAAUCUAAAAGCCUGCUUAAAUAUUGCUGCAGCCCACGUGAAUUUAUACUCAAGAAAGUAUUUGUUGUUGUUUCAACCACGUUGCUAAACUUUUUAACAGUAAGAAAGUAAAGUAACUACUUAUGUCUUAUAUGAAAUUAUACUCAGAACGCAUCCUGGCGUCGAUCCAAAGGCCUAUAGCUGUUUCCACGAAAUCACGAAUUGGGUGAAUAUAUUUAAGAAACAAAUUAGUUUUGUUUCAAUCAUGUCAUUAGCCAUCUUAAGAAUAAAUAAAAUUGCCAAGUGAGCAAUUUGAGAAUUGAGAUCGGGUUUUUUUCAUUGGAUAUAAAGGGGUUCUGUGACUCUUAAAUUUUCUUUUGUGUUUAACGUUAUCUAUUAUUUUAAAUCAAUUAUUACUAUAAGUUGAGAAACAUGACUCGUUGAAUAUAAAUGUUUUCAGGUGGCCAGAUUUCUCACCAAUACGAAUGCUAUCACAGCCAGAAUUAAUUAUGAAUUAAUUUAGAGCGAAGGGUAGUAUAAUAAGAGAAGUACUGUGGAAUUUUAAAAAUGAUUCUAAUGUUGACUUCAGGUUGUACACUAAACAAGGUUUACAAUAAAUCAAACGGCAAAAAAGGCAUUGAUUGAUGCAAUUUUAUAUAUUUUGAUAUUUUAUGUAUUUUCUGUUCCUUUGGGCAAAACGCUUGUCAACAAUCCUCCAUUAGAUACAUUUCUGUUCCCGUCAUCAUGCAAUCACAUAAAACACCACAAUUUUUCAUUUUAAAUUUCUAUCCCUUUCUGAAUUAGUAAUUCUUGCUAUUAGCAUUUUGGGGUGCAUUUGUGGUAACUAUGGCUAGUAAUAUCCGUAUUCUGUCUGUGGGUGAAAACCAGGUCGUGCUAACCACGCCCAAAUAAGUGAUCCAUAAAAACACAGGCGGGAACUUACUUACUUACUUACUAUACGGAAAAGAUUUUUAGAAUCCGUAUUCUGUCUGCGCACGUGAGAAAAAGUCAUGUUACGGACAAACGAAAUAGCAAAUGCGAUAUAUUUUUAUCGACUAUACUACGUCGGGUUUUUCCCCGCGAACCUGUGGGAUUUUUGGCACACCAAAGACUAGUAUGGUCAAAAUAAUUAUUUGCGAAUGUGCACUUACACCAUUUUUUUAUCAUUUUUAUAUUUGAUUAAAUGUUUUCACAGGUCUUAUUCAAUGACAAUGACUGAACAGAUAAGUGGUAAUAUUUUUAAAAUAAAGUCCUCGGUGGUUUUUUGUAAGAAGAAAACCUUUCCUAAAAAUUUAAAUACCCUGUCUAAAUUUUCUUAUCUUUUGAUAUAUCCUCCUAGAUAAUGCAAAACACUGGAACAGUAGUCACAGUAAGCACCUACUCACCCAGCACCCCUGAUUGUAAUGAAAGAAAAUGCCAAACCAUAUAGUUAAUGUGUGCGCAAGUAUCUGGAAAAAACAUUCUAUAAAUUCUAUUAGGUUAUUCUUAUGUCAAUUGAUUUCCGUCGCCGCUACGCUGGGCUGAAUCUUUGAAAUUGCCUGAUGGAAGAUAGAGAUAUACAUAUGUAUAUGGUGGGCUCGAACCACCAACGGGGCUCGAUCCUGUAGUGAGAGAAAAGGCAAUUGCAAACUCGUCUCACUAUCGGAACGAUAGCUCAGUUGGCAGAGCAGUGGGGCGCUAACCCAAUGUUCGCUGGUUCAAAUUCCGCUCGGUCAGGUUUUCACUUUCGCCGAUAGAGAUCACCUCCGCUUCUGAAUAUUGUAUAAUGUAUAUGUGCCCGGUGCUGUGUUCUACUGCUGUUGUUCUACUACUGUUCUAUAAAUUGUAUGAUAUGUAAUACUACUGUUCUACUACUGUUCUAUAAAUUGUAUAAUGUAUAAUACUGUACCCAGAAUACACACACCUUUUAAUUUCUGCCAAUUUAAUGACCAAUCUAAAGACCAAUUAUGUAGCUAGCAAACCAGCUAGGUACACAAAAUAGUGCUUUGAUUAGAGUGCCUUCUUUUUCUUAAGGAACCAUAAACAAACAAACUUGAUCUUGCUUUGCAAUUUUUUUCCAUCGUGGCUGGUAACCUAACUCCUUCUUUGGGAAAAACAGGAGGCUAAAAAUAAGUUCCAAACGACACUUUGUGUGUCCAUUUAUAGUUUAAAGUUGCGGAAAUAGUGCCUGUAGGUAAAUAAGUGGAUGUGUUUGUCAUCUUUUAGCAACACGCUUAUUCCAAUUUAGUGCGGAAGGUCUAUCUAGGCUAAAUUGUGACGGAAAACGGUACUAUAGCUUGCCCCUCUAACCUAUGAGUAAAGUUACACUUGCCCCAUGCGCCCCUCAUUCCUAUAAAAAAGAAUAAACACCCCUGCAUUCGCAUAGAUGGCUUCAGUGUUGAACGGUGUCUUUUUAUGUCAAAUGCACCAAUCUCCAGUCCAAUAAGCGCAUUUCUACUAUGUAUGGUUGUUGAAAUAGUGCCUGCAGAUAAAUUAGUGCGUGCGGUUGUUAUCUUUUAACAACACGUUUAUUUAAAUCAGGUCCAGAAUGCAUGUAUAGGCUAAAAUGUGACGAAAAACUGUACUAUAACUUGCCCCUUUAACUUAUAAGUCUAGUCACACGUGCCCCGUGCGUCCCGUCAUUCCCCACAAAGGAUAACGAUAGGACAAACGACCCUGUAUUCUGAUGAACCGUGUCAGUGCUAAACAGUGUUUUUAUGUCAAAUGUACCAAUUUGUAGUCCGAUACGCACCUUUGCCUCCCAACCAACCCGUCCAGCAACUUAUCGCGAGCGAUUGUAAUUAUGGAAAAACAAUAAAAAGUAUAGCGUUUACAUAAGUUAUGAGUAUAGAGUUGUAUUUCGCCUCACAAGUUUGUAGCUUAGAAUUCGUGGAGACGCUAAAUAGCUUAGUAUUUAAGGAUGCGCAACCUUGAUUGCGUCCAACGAACAAAAGGUUUUCAAAUUUGAGCCUCUAUAUUGGCUAAAACGCCCGUUAAAAGAUAAAAAAUGUUUGUCCUAUGUAAUGUGUGUAAUGCCUCUUAAGUCAAAAAAGGAUGAUAUAAACUAUUAUAGGCGGUACAUAAAUAUUGGCAGUCAUUUCUUCUUUUUACUUAUUAAUUUUUUCUUUUUAUUUAUUAAUUUCUUCUAAUAAUCAUUUUUAUUUUUUAUCUAGUCAGUUGCCCUUUCUUGAGCGUCAAGCAAUAGUUAAAAGAGAAUUCAAAUCUUUAUUCCCUCCCCCUGUUUCCAGCUGUGAUCAUUCGGAAAAUUGUUAGUUAAUUUCUGUCGAUUUAGUUCAUUUAAUUAGUCAAAACAAGACAGUCCCGACAAUUAUCUUACUUAAAAUUCAAUUAUUCUCAUGAAAACGUGCUUUUUUCUGUAUAUGUCGUGACCUGUAUUUGUAAUUACAAUUGCAGUUUAAAAUAGACAAUGGAUCAAUCUAUUGCAAGCUUACUCUCCGUUAGAAAAGAUGGUUCCCCAGGAAGAACAUAUUACCUUCAUAGUUCGGACAAAGACUUGCUCAUUGGAACCUCGUAAGUCAAAAAAGAAUUUAUUAUUAUUUAAACAACAGUCCUCAUUUAACAUACAUGAGUAAAAAAACCGCAACCGCAUUUUAAUUGUAAUUGUAAUAAGCGUAAUCUAUCUACAACCCUGGACACGAUAUUUGUGGCCGUUUUUUGCUAUUUCUCGAAAUGGCACAACAGCAUGCUUUGGUCAGUCCUUUGCAUAAGCUGCAACAGUUUACUUUGCCGGGGUGUAGUAAACAACCUUAGAAAUUGCUUGUGAUUACGAUCUUCGAAGUUACGCCCGCGGAUUUUGACUGGAGCCCAAAAUAAAACAAGCAUAAUUCUCAAAACUAGGAACAAUCCGAGUCUAUAUUUUGACGAAUGACGCCAUUGUUCAUAAGCACAAUUACAGAGCUGCAUCAGCAACAAAAACAACUAAUUUUCACAUAAACACAUAAAUUCCAGAGAACUUUAAGAAAACAUUUCCAUAAAUAAGAACAAAAUAACGCUAAAUUCUGAAGUUGUGCUCUUAUACUUCUGGUUAAGAACAAAAGCCAAGAUUUCACUGAUUCUUAUAAAAAAGCGUCAUCUCCGGGGUUGGAAAUUUAUAAUAACUUUUGUAACCUCAAUUUUUUAUACAGAACUUUCUAAACAUUUUUAUAAGAAUCAGAAAUUUGCCUUUAGCUGUUUUUUCACAUGGUUAAGGUGGGUUUAUACUUAUUUUGUUUUCCUAUCUUAAGCAUUUUUUAUUCAUUUUACAGUACAUAACAAAUCCUCGCAGUCCGAAAGGUCAAUUGAUCCCGCAAAAAAUAAAUUUACCACGGAAGAUUUGCCCAUGUUUUUUUUUGUUUUUAGGAAGAAAGAAAAAUUCAGUAAAAUUGUGCCUUCAAAUUGUUUUUAUUUCUCUCUUUUUCUCCAAACAAUCUCAGCCUCGUGUAUGGUCUUACUAAAACCCUUUUAAUUUCACAAUGACUAAAAGCUUUUGUGUUUUUAUGUUUUGUUUUGAAUAAUUGUUGGUACGAGUAAAAAAAUUAUGAUUACCUUUCUUCCAUAGUCCUAAAGCGAACAUCCAGAUAAGCGAGGCAACAUAUGAAAAUAUUGACACAUACCAUUGUAAUUUGUCGUUAGAAGAUAACGCGUAUAUUUUACGUAUUACCACGGAAAUUUUUCCAACGUUUAUCAAUGGAGAUGAAGUCGCGUGUGCAACACCAUUGAAACAUGGCGAUGUGAUUUCAGUAGGAGAUAAGAAGUUUAAAUUCUUUUAUAGCAGAGAUAAAAAAUUUGAUAUACCUCUCGAUGAAUUGAAAUAUCUAAUGGAUACGUUAGAACCGGAGAUACACAUGAUCAUGUCGGGAAAGACUGCGACUGAUAGAUAUACACUGUACAUAAAUGGUGGCGAUGAUAGACACUCUCUGGAUACCAACAAUGGUUUGAACUACUUCUCAGAUGGGAUGGUAGAAUAUGUUACUGGCAAAUUAAUCACUUGGUUUUCUAGCCCCAAGUUCUUUGACGGUGUUAUGAAAGUCUUGUUGCCAGACACCCUGGUUUUAGUGUUAAGCAAGAUUCAAAACAUCAGUUUUAAAAAGGCGUUGACCCUAACUUUAGAUGAAGAAAGCUUCGCAAGUGCUUUAUCUGUAGAAGAAAAUGAAGAUAAUUCAUCCCUUGUGUCACUUACUACAACUGAAAAACAGUCCAUGUCAGAAACAACAAAUGCAACACCGGUGCACUGCCCAAGCUCCCCAGACGUACUAAUUGGAAAAGACGGGAUUGACUUUGAUUCCCCGAUCGUUGUUAGUAAGGGAAUUGAGCCAAAGACAAAUCGCAUAAAAUCAAAAGACGAAGAGAGAAAAAGGAAAAAAAGAAAAGCUGAGGAGGAGAUUGAGGAUCUAAGAAAACGGUUGCGUAGGGCUGAAAGGGCGGCAGAGAAGGAGUUUAUGGACGUAAGCAGCGAAAAAGAAAUUUGUCACGAGGAAGCAGAAGGUGAGGAAAGGGUGAAGAAUGACCUUAAGUAUAAGGAAAAGAAACUUAAGGAAAAAAGAAAAAGGGAAAGGUUGAGAAAAAAAGUUAGAGCAAAUUUAGAAUUGUACUUGCCUUCACACGAUACCGUCAAGCCAAGUCAUGUUAAGAAGAAGAGAAAGUUUGAAAUGAAAUGUAUUGAGUGCGGUGAGGUCAUGAAAAGCGAUAGUUUGGCUGGUCAUUUAGUUACUAUACAUAAGUAUAGCAGUGACACAGCUCGCAUGAAAGAAAGUGAACUCAGAGUAAUGUUUUUAUGGGCCUCAAAAGAAAAGCAUGGGAGUGAGAAGCCUUUGCCAUGUGUGAUCUGCAAUAAAUGGCAUAUGCUGCUAAGAAACCAUUUAAGGUAUAAGCACAAGGAUUUGCAGAAUGAAGACAUCAAUAAAAUUGUGGAAAGUGCAAGGAAAGAGUACUGGUGCACAGCUAAACUUGCUGAAACCGCGAAGAAAGGAGGAGUAAAACAUUUAGAACCUGAAAAUGAUGAGAUCAGCAAAAGAAGCAAAGACCGAUUUCAGGCCAAUUUAUAUAAAGGACCAGCUGCCUCUUAUGCUCCGAAAAAUUCUUUUAUUUUGACAGAAUUCGAUAGGCAAUUAUGGAAUUUAAAGGAAAAAGACUUUUUUAAUUUUUAUUAUAAAGACCAAGCAUUUCUGAUGAAGGCCUUCGAAGAAGAUUUAGUGGCAAAUGGUAGUUCAGAACGGCAAGCAAAACAACAUUGCCAAUAUGUUGAAUACAUAUGGGAUAUAGUUGACCCCAGUAGAACAAUGUUCCCUCUUCAUGCAUUUUCUAACCCAAUUUGUAUUGAGGACAACUACCAUCGAUUGUCUCUGGAACUUGUUGGAAAAGGAGGGGUUGAGGCAAAUACAUUGCGCACUAGAUUUUCUUCCUUGCGGCAUUUUCUGAAGUUUCUGAGACGUCGUCAUAUCUAUGCAGGCCUUACAAGAGAGCAUUUUCGUCUUCUGGAGGAAUCAAUCGAAGACUGGAAUAUUAGAUUACGCCUUCUUAUAAAGCAAAGGAAGGUCAAUCUGAGACGUUUGAAGACACGGCACUUGUUAACGGUUAGCACAUGA